AUGACAAGGAGCGACAAGCUGUCUCUUUGGGAAUGUAGACGGGCGCCGCGGCUGCUUGUGGGUCUGCUGGUGGCGCUGCUGCUGGCCACGCCCUCCCAGAGCAACCUGCCGCUGAUCGACCUCUCGACGCAGAUGCGCGCCCUGCUGGUGCCCAGCGACGCGGCCGUCGGCUCCGUCGUGUACCGCGUGCUCGCCACUGACUCCGACACGCGCUGCGACUACCCCCUGCACUUCGACAUCACCAGCGCGCCCGCGGAGGGCAGUGACCCAGUGCUGCGCGCCGAGGACGUGCCGUGCACGUGCGCCGACAAGGCGUGCCGCGCCAACGUGGUGCUGGCGCGGCCGCUGGAGGCGGGGCGCGUCUACGAGCUGCGACUGCGCGUGCGCGACACCACGGGAGACGCCACCACCGUGCCGUCCAGCGUGCGCGCCACCAACGCCACCACGCCGCUCCAAACCAUCUUCCCGCACGUGCCCACGCUCGUCAUGGUGCCCGAGGACACCAAGCCAGGAACGGCGAUCGAAUACGUCCUCGUAACGAAUCACCCUAAAUGGAAAAUCCAUCCAGUGCUGGAGAUAUGGGGCUCUCCACUGUUCAGCCUGGGGAAUACCUCUUUGGAGUCUGCGUCGACCAUCAAGGCGGAUAUCAUACUCGCUGGGGAACUCGACUUCGAGAAGCAAACGAUGUAUAUGCUAACCGUGAUGGCAAUGAACGCCUACGCGGACCCUGAGCUGGACACGCGCAACGUGGCGACGGCGAGCGUCGCCGUGGCCGUGCUCGACGUGCAGGACUCGCCGCCCUACUUCACGCACGCGCCGCCCCUCACCAGACUCACCAGCGCCGUCAAGCAGGGAGACGCCGUGGUCAGCGUGCAGGCGGAAGACGGCGACCGCGGGCAGCCGCGGGAGAUGCGCUACGGCCUCGUCUCGGAGGGGACGCCGCUGAUCUCCUUCUUCUCCGUCGACGAGCGAUCAGGUGAGGUCCGCCUGCAGAAGCCACUGCGGGAGCUGUUGUCGGUGACGCACGCUCACCAGCCCAUCGUGCUGACCGUGGUUGCCGAGGAGGUGAAGACCGACAUCCAGGAGCCGCCGGCGCUGUCCGCCACCGCAGAGAUAGCGCUGUUGCUUUCGCCACCCGAGAACUCGCCACCGUACUUCGAGACCACGAGAUUUGUGACUCGUAUACCUGAAAACAGCCCUCAAGGGACCACUUUGCAGUUCGAUGACGAAUAUGUGACAGAAAUCAGGGACGAUGACAUGGGUAAAUAUGGCGUGUUUUCCAUUUUCCUGUCGGACAACAUAACAUUCGAAGUGUCGCCUACUGUGGGCCAGCAGAGGGCCAGCUUCCACCUCAGAGUGAGAAACAGCGAGCUGUUGGACUACGAGCAGCGGCACCAACUCAGUUUCCACAUCAUAGCCCAUCAGCUGGGACCAGAUGAAUCAUUAUCUAGUUCGGCAGAAGUCACUGUAUUUCUCAAUGAUGUUAAUGACAAUGCUCCUGUGUUUGACAAAGCAGAAUACCAGGCAGUGGUGAUGGAAAAUAUAUCUGCAGGGUUCUUACUAACUCAGGUGCAUGCAAGCGAUGUGGACACUGGAAUAUUUGGAAGAGUUCGGUACACUCACAUUCUUGGUCUCCACAACAGCUCACUCACACUUGAUCCAGUAAGUGGAGUUGUUCUGGUUGCCACCAGCAAUCAUGGAUUUGAUCGUGAAGCUGCUCCUGAGUUUCAUCUGCAUGUAGAGGCUACAGAUAUGGAUGGUGAUGAAAGGGGGAACACAGCCAAUGUUCCACUUAUCAUUCAUGUCCUAGAUGUAAAUGACAAUGCUCCAGUCUUUGAGAAAGAUAUAUACGAAUUUGUCUUGCGACAAGAUCUAAGUGACUUCACUACAAGUGCACAAGUGAAAGCUUUAGAUGGUGAUGCUGAAGCACCUAACAAUGUGGUCCAUUACUCCAUUGACUACAAUACACGGGAUGCAACGAAAUUUCGUAUAGAUAAAAUAACAGGAUUACUGGGACUUCGAGAAUCACUGAGCCACGAAAAACCUACACCGAGGGUAAGGAGAAGUUCCAUCCAAGAUGCAAGCAGCCCAAUUGAAUUUUUCGUGGAAGCACAUGACAUGGGAAGCCCACAACAUCACACACGAUCGUUGGUGCGAGUAUAUCCACCACCAUCACCAACAAAAAUGAUGCAGUUUAUAAUUCCUGGACCACUUCCAUCUGAUCGCGCAGAUAUUGAGAAACUUUUGUCUUCCAUGCUGAGGAGCAGUGUCCGAGUUUGCUCUGUCACACCAUAUGAUGAUCACUUGGAACUUCAGGAAGAAAGAAUGUUUGCUCGACAAGAAUUGGCAAAUAAGACACUGAUUAUAGCAGAAGUGCAAUCAAGUGGUGAAACAGUGGUUGAUAUUAGCAAAAUCGCUUCUGUUUUCAAUACUGGUGGAACAGUGCCAAAGCCAGAACUGAUUACAACAACUGCAGCAACAUCAGAAGUAACUAAAGAAGCUAAAGCUGAAAGUAACUCACUCUUCUGGAUCUUAAUUAUAAUGACAAUACUCCUCCUGAUUGUCAUCAUUAUUCUUAUAUUGUGCUGCAUGUGUGCUGGCUGCCCCCUCUAUAUGAGCCACAGGAAAAAUACUCAAGUGGCAUCUACAGACGAUCAUGUGCAGUUAGUCCUCCAUGAGGAAGGUCGAGGGAAAGACACAAAAGCUGUGCAAGCAGAGCUGAGGGUUCCCACCAGAGAAGCAUGGAGUGCUGAUAUGCGGCAGCACCAGUCCUGGAAAUUCAACAGACGAAAUAACACGAAUCGAGACCAAGGAGAAGAGGACUUCCACUCAUUUAGAAGCCUUCCAGGUCCACAUGUUAUCUACACAAGGGAACUUCAAGCACUACAGCAACAACAUCAAAGAGCUGAGCAUGAUAAAGAUGUUUUUGUAGAAGAUAUCGAAGGCGGUCAGUUAGAAGGUCCACGAGAAUUACGGCUUAAGAAUGAUACUGAUUUAGAUGCUGACUCAAUACGUCGGCAUGAAAUGGAAAGGGGCUCAGAUAUUGGCAGAGGUGGUGCCGAUACACUUGAGCGACAGAGGGUUCUAAGGGACAGGAAAAUGGUUGGCACGCAACAUUUGCAUAAUGCUGAUUUUAAGAAAAAGGAAGCUGCAUAUUCAGAAAGAGCUAAUGACCAUGUACGAAAUCCAGGUGAUGCUGCCUACCACAGAAGUGAUCCCGACCAUGGCACAGUCCAUUUUUCAAAUGCAUACAAUAAUACAGUGUACGUCCAUGGUCAAACAAACAAUUUUGCAACUGAUGAAGUCAUCUUAAGAAGAAUAAACAACUCUGAAACAUCACACCAUAUUCCAGGAGAUCAGCAAACAAGUGAUCCUCAUCAAGUGAAUGAUCUGCAUGGGGCACAUAUAUUGGUAGCUGCUGAUGAAUUAGACUUAAGAAGGUUAACAGAAACUCGGAUACCCGAGGGUUAUCGCCUUAUUUUAGAAAGAACAAGUCCACAAGAUGAUAGUGAUAACAAAUCACCAGUGGGAAGGGAACAGUAUUUCAUCCAGGAAGGGAACGCAGAAAUUUUGCGCCUUGUAACACGAGGGCGGUCCGACGAAGAAAAUAUUUCCCUGCAACAUCAAAGGCCUUCAACAUUUCUCCCCGCUACUGAACAACACAUUCGAAUUGAAAAUGGCAAGGAAAUCAUUAUGCAACGCUUCAUGCAAGAUCAACACAACAAUACACCUCAAACUAGUUCAUUACAGCGGGACAAUAUUAAAAUGAAAAAAGAGACGGAGGAACCUACUAGUAGAAGUACUGGUGAAGGAAAUUUAAGUGGAAGUUUACAAACUGUAAUAGCUGCCCAUGAAGUCUGCUUACAAACUGAACAAGUUAACAAUGGGCACAGAGAAAUAACUAGAAAAGGAGAUAUCACUCCACAGCUCCAUGAAAAUGAUAAACAUAUUCAAGAUGAUGUGAGAAUAAGAGCGGGUCACAUUUUACAGCCAUAUUCUGUACUUGGUGGAGCAAUUAGUGAAAGUCAGGAUACACAGAGUUUACCAGCUCAGUACUCCAUGGCUACACAAACAGAUGUCGACAUAGGGACACAAACAGAUCCCCUACCAAGACGUGCCAUAAGUGACAAUGAUGAUUCAUUCACUGAAGAAGAGGAAGACUAUGUGGACUACUCCUCAGUAGUCCUUAUCAAAAAACCUGGCAGUGGAAAAGGAAUUCGGUGGGUCAGAAGGAAUGAAAGCAAGAAAAAAAAUGUCAAGACUGAACAUCAGAAAAAAUUCAAGGAUGGGCACCAUCCACGUAGAGUUUAUGUGAAGACACCCAUCAUGGAAGAAACGGAGAGUUCUCUAGAACUUGCUGAGCAACACACAUCUGCAGCACAGGCGCCAGAAGACACUGCAGCUACAAGCAAUUAUACUGAAAACAAGUCUAGUAUGCUUAGACGGCAAAAAAUAAAAAGUAAAAUAUUGUCUAAUGUCUCUGAACAAGAACCAGUGACAACAGAAAGAAAAAAGAAGAAGUCAGAAGUGUUGGAACAUGAAGAGGAAUCAUUAUCAGAUUCUUUAGAAGAACAGUCACUGUCUAGAGACAAAGAUGAUGGGAAUUACAAAAAACAUAGAAGAAAACAUCAGUCCAAACAACAUUUCCAAAGAAACUCCGAGUCUUCAGAUGAGGAUCAUACACCUGAAAAGAAGGAACCAAAUGAACAUGAUAAGGCAUCAUCAAAGGCAAAAGAUAAGAGGGGUACAGGUAAGAAGAUAGAAUUUGAUUCAGAUGUUAGAUUUUACUAUCGAAAAUCAUCCAGCUCUGUUCACAGCAGUCCUGAAAGAUGGAUCCAAGUAAAACCAAACCGACCUAGAAGCAGGUCCCUAUCAAGUCAUCGAGCUACAGAAGAACAAAGUGAAGUAACAGACCAUGAACUACUGGAUAAACUGAAGAGACCAGGUAUGAAAACUGAAAAAAGCUUUAAAGAUAAUGAUGCCUAUAACAGUGGUGAUGCACAAAUGGAGCUUUCUCGUACAAAGUCUACAUCUGAACUUCAAAGAAUAAAGAAAGCUGAGAGUUCAGCAUCACAACAAACAGUCAGAGCCAAGUCAGUGAUGGAUAAAAGACCUGCUCCUGUUACAAAUUCUAGUCAGAAAUUGGAUGUUGGUGGAUCAGCUGUGAGAAAUUCUCGUUACAUGGAUUGGUACAAAACUAAAAAAGAAGAAAGAGAAAGAAAGAAAAAAGAAGAGGAGGAAAAGAAACUAAAUCAGACAAAGAAACGAAAAGUAAAGUCAACUGUUACCAAACAUCCUGACACAAAACAAAUUUCUGAUACUUCCCAAUCCAAAUCAACAUCAGAAGUGGAAGACAAAACAACAACACCUUCCUUGAGCCACAGUGAGAACUCUGAUAAAAUUAAUCCACAGAACCAUGAAGAAAACAAAUCUACAACUCUCAAACAAAAUGAAGUUAAGCCAGAGGAUGACCUCGACUCUGGUAUUGCAAUGUCAUCUCUUUCCACACAAACUCAGGCCAGUGCAACAAACAAGAAACGACGACAUCAGGAACUCCUUGAGAAAAAGAGUGUAUUUGCAAUUGCAUAUAACGAUGUCCAUACUGAGCAACUUAGGCCAGACACUUCCUCACCCUCUUAUUAAUAAAAUUCGUUUUAUCAAACUGUUACAAAGACUUCUGAUGCUGUUAGUGUUUAAUAUUUCAUACAUAGGACUGUAUAAUUUUUUGAGUGGACUAACAACUAUUUUAUGACAGUUCUAUUAGUCUUCCGAAAAAAUGAAAAGUAAUGUAUUUUGAUCUCAUCUUGUAUGACAUAUGUUUCAGAAAUCAGAUUCUUUCAGAUAUAGCUUCCACACUCUGUUGAUAAAUAACUCUUUUCCAGAAUGACAUUUCUAAAAGGUAGUCAUACCUGAAACAAUAGGAUGAUGAUUCCGUAUGUGUAAGGAAAGGAAUCAUCAAAAAAUUCUACUUUAAAUAAUUGACAAUAUGAUUUCCUCAGAGACACAGAACACAAGUUUUUAUGUAUUCUUUUCUGGAACUUCAUAAUGUGCAAUAUGCUAACUUACUACUGAUUCAAAAGAACAAUGAUACGCUAUUUUCUAAGUUUCCUUGUCAAUGGCUCUCGAUAAUGUGUGCAUGGCAAAUCAAGUGACUAGAUAGUCAACGUGAACAUUCCACUUUUAUCCAGAUUUAAACAUAUAAUUUUAACACAAUCCACUUCUAUUAUGUCUUUAUUUUUAUCACUUAUUCUGAUUUCCUAUCUAGUUUUGUAUUGUAUGAUAUGUAUUUUGAGAUAUUCAGAAUCAACCCAUUUAAGCUGGAAUCAUGUUUCUAAGCUACUGAGUGUACUAAUAACGGAGUCAGGAUUGUUUUCCUUUUUCAUAAUUUUCAGUUAGAACAGCCAUAUGUGACAAGUAUCUGCACAAGUUACAACUAAAUUUUUGGAAAACAGUUCUCAACAAGAGAAUUCCAAGAUAAAAAUAGUCUCAAGACUCACAGCACUGUGAAAAUGAUGCCAAUAAUGACUUUACUUGAUUACCACAAUCAGCAGUUCAUAUUUACAAGAGCAUAGAGGAUGAAAAUCAAAUAACAGAUACUGUAUAUUUGCAGAAUUCUAAUGAAAGUACAUGAACAGGCCAUUGUUGGUUAUGUCCAUGAGAUUAAUUUUAAGUACCUACUGACCUGAGGCCUAACAUACUUACAAAUUUAUUGUGAACUGACAGAUAAAUCAUGUCACAUAAAUACAUAAGGAAUGGUCUUAGAUGUAUCCUGUGGCAAUGCAUGAAUAUCAGAAACAAACAAGCUGAGUCUGAUAUGAAUUGAAAUUACUUCCAACAAUACACUGUUAUGCUGCUUUGUGGAUUUGUGACAAAAAAGUAGUAAAUGAUGAAGACAGUAGUGGUUUAAACAGUAACAGGAAUAAUGUAACAUUCCUGCAACACAUUAAAUGAAAAUAACUUUCCUAAAACUUAAAAGUAAACAAUGGAUGUGGCUUGAAGAGUUCUUGUAAUUCAAUAAUUGUUUCCCAGAAAAUAUGCAUAGAAUGUGCUAGCUCUGAGACUGCAAGCCUGCUUACUGCGUGACAGCAUGUUAGAACUAGCUAGUGAACAUGGAUGUUGAUAGGCUAUCAAGUACUUUCAAUGUCUUUUUAAAGAAGAUUAGACCACCAUUUGAUUGUGCCUUACUAUAUUUAUCUUCCUUAGGUACUUGCUUUGGACUGCCUUAACAGAUAUGACAUAAUAAUGGUCUAACAACUUUCAGCAGUGUACUUGAUAACGGCAUAAAAACCAAAAUGCGCUAGUACGUAAGAUAAAUAUAGUAAUACACAGUCAAAUGGCAGUUUACUCUUUUAAGAAGUACUGUCUGACUGUGUCUCAACACCAUCAAAAACUUUUUACUUUCAAUGUGUUUUACCCAGAAAUUGGCUUCUGCCAGACAGAAAAGGAACAGAUCACAGACUAUCACUGUAAUUUCUACAAAUUGCCUAAAGUGCAGAGUAGAGAAUAACCACAUUUCAACACACAAAAUCACAAAAGAUGUCUAAUAAUGCUUCAUGCUACCAUAUCUACACUCACCCAUCAUGAUGGAUCAAUACUGAAACAUGACAGUCACCACAGUAUUAUUUCAAGUAUCAGGACGUAUUUGUGGCUCAGAUAAAGCAGCAACAUAUCCUAAUAUGUGGCUUCUGUCUACAAUAAAGCUGAAUAUCUGAAAGUGUACCCAGUGUCAAUCAGAACGUGAACACUGUCUUCAAACAAUCAUUGUGCCCCGAGAUGUACAACUUAUUUCCAUUCUUUUUCAAAUUUCAGACUGUAAGUAUUUUUAUGUUAAGCAACAAAAAUUCUAUUUUGUACAGUUUUAUCCACCAGUCGCAUUCCAUAGUAUUUAAACAAUGGAAAUCUGGGAUGGAAUAACAAUGUUGGGUGUUGAAAACUGAUCCAGUGCCCACAAAACAGGAGGCAUUGAUAGAUCAAUUUUUUUAAUGUAAAUUUCAGAACACCCAAUGACAACAAAAACACUAUUGUCUUAGCUUAAAAAUUAUUUUAAUUGGUGUACAUAGCAGAUAUAAAAGUACAACUGACACAAAACAAAUGUAAAUUUUUAUCGAGGAAGCAGUCAAACAGCUGAGUAUGCAACAGGAACUGAGCACUAAAUGAGUACUGAGGAUUGAAUGACAACAUACAAGCCAUCAUUCUCCUGCAUAAUUCUGUGAUAUUGUUGUACUAUAAAGUAUUUUAAUGUAUUUCUUGUUAGUGUACAGUUUGAUGAAUAUAUUCGAAAAAUUUUUCUUACUGUCUAAAUCGUAACAUUAUGAUGUUUGUAUCCUGUGUGCCUUCUUGUAAAAUUUGUAAGGAAAUUGUUAUUUUGUAAUACAAAAGAAAAUGUAAA